UAUUUUUUUUAGAUAUGACCAAUGUAUGCUUCGCCCCCUCAUGCUCAAAUCCUGGCUCCGCCCGUGGAUGAGUGUGGAAGGAAGCGAGGAUGGAGAUUAGUAGCCUCGCUACACGCAAAUGCUUCCAAGAUUUCAGGGUCAGUGAUCCCUCCAAUAACAACUGCCGAGGCUCCUUCAAAACAACGAUCAUCACGACAAAUCGCGCCAACAGCUCCUCUGGAUAUUGUAGGUGACACCAUUGCAUCAGUAUUCACGAAACGACUCCUUGGCGAUCGAUCGCGGGAGCGAUCGAUUCCGACCGCGCGGAGCGCGUCCCUUUCUAGCUCGUUUCCUUAUUUGGAAAAUCCCACCCGGCCGCUAUCUAUCCCCUUUUCCCUUUCGCCCUGCCGCUUCCCCUCUUGGCCGGCGGCUCCUCCCUCGCAGCAGCGACCAAUACGGCGAGACGCCGUGGCCGCGCGAGCGCCCGCGAGGUCAGCGGCGAAUAGGGCGAGGCGCCGCGGCCGCACAAGCGCACGCGAGGUCAGCGGUGAUUACGGCGAGGCGCCACGUCCGCACGGGCAGCAGCGGCCAAUACGACGAGGCGCAGCGGCCGCACGGGCCCCACGAGGUCCAGGGGCGGCUGCGGCCAAUUCGGCGAGGCGGCGGCUGUCCGGUGGCCGUACGUCCUCCUGCCUGGGCUCGAACUGCGGCCGUGCGUCCCCACCCGCAUCAACAAGCUUCCCAGCGCCGUCCGCGUCGCCUCCGAGGAUGUCCCGGUCGGAGUUGCAACAGACCCACAACACAGAACUCAGCCCUGGAUAGGUCUUCAGGAGCUGAGUUAUUUUACAUCAGUCUAUCUUAGGGUAACGCGAGUCGAGGCGGACGUCGUCGCGGUAGCGACGACGGACACCGAGACGAGCACGUAACACCAUUUCCAUCCUAUCUAUCUUAGGGUAACGCGAGUCGAGGCGGACGU